AUGUUUCGCCGAUAUUCGUCAAACCGACGGUUACUUCCACGGGACGGUGACCUCAGUCAGCACGUGCUUGUCAAUCUGGACUGCGAUAUCGUUUUGCCGCCAAGCUUUGCUGAGUCGGUGCUUUCGAGAUUUAGGUCACGAACUUUGCAGCUGUUGGGGUGCCGAGGGAAGCAGUCCGCAACGACUGGUCGACUUGCGAUCCGUGCUUCGGCUUUCAAACAAAUCAAUGGCUACGACCAGGAGCCAGGCAUACUUGGUUCAGGUUUUCAGGACGUAGACUUGCGCGACCGUGUUGGCAUUGCACCAUUUGCUUACGAUGGCUCAAUUGUGUGCGAGGGGCAGUCGGACAUCGCGCCGGCAAAGUCAGGCGUGGUAGAAAGGUUGCUGAACGACCAUCAGGCAACGCAUCCAGCCGUGGCUGGCUGGGCAUUGCCGAACACUUUGCACGAAUAUGCCACCGUGGAGGACGACCGGAAGCUGGCGAAGAUUCAUUGGGUGUACAACCCUGACAGUUUGAGCUGGGAUGACAUGAAUGAAUCAAACAGGGCGGCCAUGCUGGCCAAGCGCAACCGACCCGCCCCAUGGGCUUGGAAGCGCAACCUGCAGUUCUCGCAGCUGGGGUGGCCGUUUAUCGAACUUCGCCGUGAGCAUCUGCAGCUCGCAAUGCGCAAUCCAGGACGCAUCUUCCAUGCCACGAAACCGCUUCUUCGUCAGCCGCCUGCAAGCAUCGGCUCUCCUCCUGACUUCACGGAGGAGGUUGCAGACGAGAGGUGGUAUGUGCGUGAGUUGCAGAUUUAUCCGAACCCGAACGCCCAGGAGCUCGACCAGCGGGCAGCUGCGUGUGGCUCAGUCAUGCUCAGUCUCCUCAAAACCGAUGUAGAUUCUUUCUUCGUUCGAUCUUCUGUUAUUGAAAAUUUCUGUUGA